UGGCGUGUUUGCGUCCCCACGCGCCGCGACCCCGGAAGCGGUUGCGCCUUGGGGCUGCCCGGCCCGCGCUCGGGCGGCAUGAGGGGAAGGCUGCUGCGGGCUUGGCGGGAGGGAGCCGCCGCCGCCGCCGCCGCCCGCGGUCUGGCCGAGCGCGGGGCCCUCUCGGGGAAGCCCCCGUGGCGGGUCCUGUUCUUCGGCACCGACGACUUCGCCGCCGAGUCCCUGAGGGCGCUGGAGGCCGCCAGGUGCGGGGGGAGCGAGGCCCAUGGAAGGGGAUUCAGUGGCGUGUUGAAUGUCCAUCCCAGCUAUCUCCCAAGGUGGCGUGGCCCAGCACCGAUAGUCCAUGCAGUGCUUCAUGGUGAUACAGUAACUGGGGUGACAAUUAUGCAAAUCAAGCCUAAAAGGUUUGAUGUAGGUCCAAUUAUUAAGCAGGAAAAGUAUGCUGUUCCUUCCCAGUGCACAGCAAAGGAACUAGAAGUGAUAUUAUCAAAGUUGGGUGCGAACAUGCUCAUUUCAGUUUUGAAAAACUUACCUGAAAGUUUAAAAAACAAAAGAGAGCAACCAAAUGAAGGAGUGACAUUUGCUCCUAAAGUCACUAUUGCUAUGAGUUGUAUAAAAUGGGAAGAACAAACUCCUGAGCAGAUAUUGCGACUACAACGUGCCAUAGGAGCUACACUUCCAUUGCAGACAUUGUGGAUGGGAAAUACUGUUAAACUUCUGGAUUUUGUGGAAGUGCAUAACAUCCGCAGCUUUGCUGAUCGGCUAUUAAAUGAACAUGGAAUUGUUCCAGGAUCAGUAUUAUACCAUAAAUCGUCACAGACGUUGGUGAUACGUUGCAAGGAAGGCUGGGUCGGAGUCAAAACUGUCAUCUUAAAGAAGAAGCUUACAGCUGCUGACUUCUAUAAUGGGUACUUACAUCCCUGGUUCCAGCAGAAUUCAAAAACACUUCAUGGGGAUUGCAGAUUUCACACUCUCAAACUUACCACGGUGAAGAAGACUGAAAGAAAAGGAAAUGGUGGUGCACAAUUUAAAACAAAAAGUGCAUGAAAUCUGUCAAACAGGACCUCUGUAAAUGAAUAGAAACAUUAAAUAUUUCAUCGUCCAUUACAAUAAAUGAAGCAGGUAUUUA